AUAACAUAAACCAAAUGUUCGCAUAAACAAAACAAGCAUCAAAGAUGGCGCUACAAGCAUGUGGAUGUUUGUGCAAAAACUAUAACACUCUAUUACCUUUGUCGUGGAAUGCAUUAAUUUUACAAAGUAGUUUUUUUCAUUUAACUACUUCAGACCAAUAUCCAAAAUACCGCAACAUGAGAAAGAAAGCACGUUUACACAGAGAAAAGCACGCAUUAAUGAAAUCGAAGUAUGAGAGACUUGAUGUGGAGGAUCGAGCAACUGGAUGUUUGCUGUGCCCACACCGCAACCCCGAUAUUGAUGUGGAUUUUAAGAAUGUCAGAUUACUGUCACAGUUCAUUUCUCCACACACUGGGAGAAUGUAUGGCCGAAGGAUAACUGGGUUGUGUGGUCGAAAACAAAUUGAAAUAACUGAUGCGAUAAAACGAGCUCGGAAAAUAGGUUUAAUGCCCGUUACGAUGAAAUAUUUCGAUUAUCACGGAGACCCCAAACUUUUUUAAACAUAUGUAUAUUAUAUUCUAAGAAAUUGUUUAUACAUAGUCAAAUAAAUUAAAAACAUCCCCA